ACAAGGGACACGUAAACUGUAAACACGAAAUAUUUUAAUGUACCGGUACCGGUGUUGUUACACUUAGAGUGACAGGAAAAUGACAGUUUUAUGAGUUGAUAUGCGAUAUCAGGGGAAAAGAUCAUGAACUUUAGAAUGUUUUUGACUAAACAUUAUACAAUACUGACUGUAUUUUGCCACACAGUAGUCCAUGCAAAAACCGUGUCGGGUGUUUUUAGUUCCUUGGUUGCCCAAGUCGAGUUUGGCCAAUAUUUGUCUUCAUAUUGCUUUCAUGGUGAAGCGCUAGUGAAGUUUGAUUUGAAUACUACUGGCUACACACCAGCCAAGUUGUAUCUGUACAUCAGUGAAGACUGGAGAGAUGUUCAGGAUGAAACAGACUGCGCGAACAAACUUCAGAAAUCAAGAAUCAUCCAUGAAAUGAACACAACGUCUGGGAACUUCACAGUGUCUCAUUUCAACCGGCCGUGUAAGUGGCACCUGCUGUAUGCCGAUGCUCACACCUGUGACGAAGGCCUCUACAGUGAGACAGCUAACGCACCCAACGUCAACCAUUACAACUUCAUUCAGUACAACAUCACGCUGCUCAACCCAGAUUCACUUGGCAACCCCACGGAGCAUUUUGGAGACGAAGAAACAGGUUUACUGCGGUUCUAUCAGCUCCUGACCCUGGCGUAUUUUGUGCUGUCGUGUAUUUUUGCCCCUCGUUUGUGGCAGACCCUCAGUAAGGGGGGACCCAUGCAGCUGGUGAUACAGCUCCUGUCGGCGUCCAUCUGUCUACAGGCCAUCGGCUCAUUUCUCAUGAUGGUUCAUCUCAUCAAAUACUCAUACAAUGGAAUUGGGUCACCAUUCAAAGAGGUUUUAUCUGAGUUUUUCGACGUGCUGUCCCAGUUUGCUAUGCUGUACAUGCUGCUGAGUCUGUCUCUAGGCUGGACGCUGGCGAGUGCUCACUGUCGAUAUUCUCACCUGAAAACAAUCAGCAGGAGGCCAGCCAGCAAGGUGGUCGCAGUACUUGGUAUCUUGCAGGGCGGUUUAUUUAUGUGGGAGCAGUUCCAAGACAGUUACAACCGAAUGUUCCAUGCCCAUCGGAGUAACGCGGGCAUAGCCCUGGUGAUUCUUCGCAUUCUGCUGGCCGGCCUAUUUGCAUGGAACCUCCACACAACCAUCUCGGCGGAAAGAAGUACACUCAAGAGAGAGUUUUACGGGUCUUUUACCCGGAUGUGCAUGUUAUGGUUCUUGUGUUAUCCAGCAAUAGUUGUAACGUCGUGGAUUUUUCCAGAAUGCUUACAUUAUAAGAUGGUGAUAAUGGGUGUAUUGUUAUGCCAGUCGGCAGCUGGAGCGUUUCUGUAUCGUCUCUUCUUGUCGAGAAGUCUGUACUGGGAGGUGUCGGCACUCUCCAGCUCUCUACCUUUGCGCUUUGACAGAAACUUUAGUAUCAAGAUAUAUUCUUGACACAGUGUUUACAAUAUAGUGGCUGUUUUUAAAGUAUUUUUAAAAUAUACUCACAUCGUUUUCUGCUAUGAAAUUACCUUUUUUUGAGAGACAGCGUUUUAUUUGUAUCUUUUUUUUAAUAAUGUACCACAAACUUGCAUUAUUUUUACUUUUCCGUCUUUCGGUGUGCGACAUCAUACUGUCAAACAUUAGUGUUAUCUGAUCUGUGAACAGCUUACCAGGUUAGAAUUUAACUUAUUGUUAUCACUUGGAGGAUUUAAAUUUGUCAUUUGUGAAAAUAUGAAAUAUGAAUUGAAGUACAUAUGUAAAGUAUUGUGAAAGAAAAAUGAAAUUUGGUUACACUUUUUUAAACAAAUUUUGCCAAAUUCCUAAUAGUAUUUUCAGGUUAGGUCACGAUAAACUUUUCAGAUUUCUUAUGUAAAAUUAUCAUAGAAAAAAAUAAUUUUUAAAUAUUUUUAAUAAUGAGAGUGACAGAAUGUUGAUAAUGUGAAUGUAAAUUAUUACACUGAAGAUCCUGAUUGUGGCAGAUAAAUGUUGAGAGGUUACAGAGGAAAUAGUUCUUAACACGCUUCAUAAAUUUUAGUAUAGCCUUGCAGGGCUGCAAAAAGUAGUAAACCUUUUUAGAUCUAGCAGGUGAAAUAGAAAUUCACCUCAAAAAAACGUUUUUUUAAAAAUAUUUCCUUUUUCUUCUUUUCGUUCCUUCUUGUAAUGAUAUCACAAGGAGAUGUUUGCUUCCAGGAUGAAUCUCACAGUAACACGGAGGGAUUCAUGGUCUCCAUAAAGUUUUUCUUCUAUGUUUUUCAGGGGAAAAAACAUGUGAUUCGGUUCCAUUUUAAUUUGAUAAUGCUCUAAAAUACAUAUCAGAGAUCCUAAUUUUCCACAGUAUUCAAAACCCUCCUCCCACCCUGUGCCAUCUUAUUUCUAGCAGGCUAUAUAUAUAUAUUUUUCUUAGCAGUCAAUAUUUCUUUUGGCCUGCGAUUUAAACAAAAAAUAACAGCAGGUCAUAGUUUACUUCGGAUCCGAUUUUGAGUCCUGCCGUGACAAAUAUAUGUAUAUGAUUUUCUUUUGUUGUCUCUUGGUCAAAAUCCUUGUAUUUUAUUUUGGGUAGUCGGUUUCAACCCUACAUGUACUUGACAUAAUAAAAUACCAGAAUACAGGCGCAGAUCCAGGGGUAAAAGCAUUGUGGCUGCGCACACCCCUCCCCUGAACUUCAAAGUAUCUCAGAAUCCUCAAUACAAUGCAUGCUAGUGUAGUUUGGAAUACAAUAGGUGCCGUUUUCCGCUGCUGAACUCCCUCACUAAAAAAAAAAAAUCCCUGUAGCCACUCCUGGGCAUGUACUUAUAAAACCUUUUAAGAGUCCAGACUCAAUCUCUAAUGACGUCACACACAUACAAUUUGUAUGGCGUUGUCAUGGCAUUAGUGUCUCAGACUCUAUUAGUCUCGGGGGCGGGGCAUAGCCAAGUG